AUGGGUUCAUGGGUUCAUGGGUUCAUGGGUUCAUGGGUUCAUGGGUUCAUGGGUUCAUGGGUUCAUGGGUUCAUGGGUUCAUGGGUUCAUGGGUUCAUGGGUUCAUGGGUUCAUGGGUUCAUGGGUUCAUGGGUUCAUGGGUUCAUGGGUUCAUGGGUUCAUGGGUUCAUGGGUUCAUGGGUUCAUGGGUUCAUGGGUUCAUGGGUUCAUGGGUUCAUGGGUUCAUGGGUUCAUGGGUUCAUGGGUUCAUGGGUUCAUGGGUUUAUGGGUUUAUGGGUUCAUGGGUUCAUGGGUUUAUGGGUUCAUGGGUUCAUGGUUCAGUCAUCGAACAGAAACGGUUCGCAAGAUGAAGUCAAAAUCCAUCAAAGCUAG